AUGACGUGUAUCCCGACGAAAGGAAGCUUCACGGUGAAGCUGAUACUGAGGAGCGUCAUGUUGCUCAACAGCGAGUUCACCACGGACGCAACUACCGCCAGAACCUUGAUUGCCAUUGCACCCACCGCAGUGCCGAAGCAUCUGAAGCGCCGCAACCCGUACAUGAGCGGCUUCGAUGCAAGGAAGAGCGGCCCCCACAAGCCGUAUGACAGAGCUCUUGCAAAUGCCAACACAGAUGGGAAUGGCUGUGCAGGGAUGAGCCAGACCGCCGCCGACGACCUCUACUCAUAUGCCAGGAUCGACCACAAUAAUGACAGCAACGGCGAUGCACAGGCUGAGGGCUUUGGGCCAGGAGCAGACCAGCAGGCGGGAGACAUGCCCAUGGAGGGCUGA